AUGCCCACUCCAACAGCACCUCCGAUUCACAAGACGCUUAGUGCCUGCGACGAGUGCCGUACGCGAAAGCUAAAGUGUUCGGGGGAAGCUGCAGGAUGCUCGCGCUGCAAAUCGGAAAGCACCACCUGCCACUACUCGCAGAAGAAGACUAUGGGAAGACCGCGGAAACGGCGGCAUGAAGAGGCAGGAGGUACAGACAGGGAAGAGAACAUGGGAGCUUCGGAGGGUUUAGAUGUUGGUGCAGCAGAUGUGGGACCCCGAGACUCGCAUCUUGCAACCUUCUCUGGAAACGAUCCGGGAUUGGGGACAGACGGCUUCCACUUCUCUGGAAACAGCCUUGAAGAGGAAGAUACGUUCCCCUUUGGACCCGGGAACGGAUCAAUUUUUCCAGAUACAGACUGCUUCAGCUUUGACCUUCCUGAAGGCCCGGCGUCCAAUCUUGAGCAAGGCCUUCCUGAUUGGGACCCUUCGCAGGAUCUAGGCCAACCUUUCUCUACGCUUGCCGAUACUCCCCUACGGUUGCAAACUCCACCUAAUGUCCCAGGCAAGGUAGACAGCAACAGUUGUAGCACUGGGAGUGCCGUAAUAGGCUGUUCUUGCUUGUCCAGCCUCUACUCGAUGCUAGCAAAGUUCCACUCGCUACCAGAAACAUCAUUCCCAUAUUCGAUGGGAGCAUUGAGAAGCGCAGCAAGCCUCGGCCGCAGCAUUGUUGCAUGUCAUAAUUGUUUGCAGGCAUACAACACCGCAUUGCAGAAUACCAUGCUGCUUGGGGCCCUCUUACAGUUGCUGAUCAUCGAGUACGCCAAGCUUCUCAAGCACAUUGAGGAGAGGUCUAAGCAAGCCGAGAAGAUAGCGUUUCGUUUCGGCGAUCCAUCUUCGCCAUUUGAUAGCCGGCACACGGGCCGCCCCGACUGCCCCAUGGCCAUUAACAUUGAUCUCAGUGGCGAUGAGUGGCGUACACUGGCCAGAAAGGCUGUAGCACAGGAGGUCAACAACUCUCAAGGUUCCCAUGGCUUGUUUGGUUUGGUCCAGGAAAUGAGAGACAGACAAGUCUCAUGGCAUGAGCGAUUUUCGAAAGGCCAACAUACAGCGUUUCAUUGCGCUGACCACCAGCAAAGCGCCGAGACCUCCGAUAAUCUAUGCGUGCAGAUUAUGUCCAUUGACAACCUCAAGAGAUCUCUCGAGACUCUUGGACUUUGA